AAGGUUUGGUAUCACUGUUCAGAUGUUGUUGAUCUUAACAGCUGAUCGACGACAACAUGGCGAACGUUACCAAGUCCGUCCUCCGGCUUUCGUCUUUGAGCAGAUUGCAGAGCUUAGCUGGCACUCAGUCAGUGAGAUAUGGAGGGAACUGGAACAAGGAUUGGAAGCCUGGCCCAUACCCAGUGACUCCCGAAGAACGAGAAGCAGCAGCACGCAAAUAUGGUUUGCGGCCUGACGAGUACGAACCCUAUCCUGACGAUGGCUUGGGAAAGGGUGAUUACCCUAAGCUUCCGGUAAUUUCAGCCGAUGCCCGAGACCCUUACCGUGACUGGGAUUUUCCAGAACACCGACGUAACUUCGGAGAACCGAUACAAGUGGACUAUGAUAUGCAUGGAUUAGAUCGGCUGGAUGUUACCACCAAGCUUCGUUACUCUUUGGGUCAGCAAGCGAUGGCAUUCUUUGGUGUCAUGACUGCCUUCUUUGUCGUUUACUUUUAUUUAGAUGACAAGAAGAUGCAUUGGCCUGUGCUGGCCAAGCAGUUCCCAGGGCAAGGACAAGUGCACUACACUUUUGAGGCACCAGAGUAGUUGGUGUAUCUGUUUGUAAUAUUGUUGUAGAUAUGAGAUAAUUAUAGAUGUAAACUAUAUACCACUUGGACAGAAUGAUUUGAAAUAAUGUAAGUCUUUC